AAACUCAUUCACGCAGACAUACGUUUUCUGCAUUCACCGAGGAUACACUACGAGGCCACCCACCAUGUCGAUCGACCUCUCAUUAGACCGGAUUCGCAAGCUACUGUCCCAUCUGCCUCGGUAUACCCGCCCUACAGUACACAUAGCGGGUACCAAUGGAAAAGGCAGUGUGUCCUCCCUCGUCUCCUCGAUAUUGCAUGCGACUGUGCCGCCCCUAAAGGUCGGGAGGUUUAACAGCCCUCACCUGGUCUCCGUCCACGAUUCUAUUGCAGUCAAUAACGAACCCAUCUCCCCCGCAACGUACACCUCUGCCAAGGAACUUGUGGAGGAGACAGACAGGAAGCAUGAUAUCGGUUCGAGCAGUUUUGAGCUGCUGACGUCCACGGCUCUCCUCAUCUUUGAGCAGGAGCGAGUGGAUGUGGUGGUACUGGAAGUGGGAAUGGGCGGGCGGCUGGACGCGACCAAUGUCGUACCAGACGAAUGCGUUAUUGCGUCUGCUCUGACCGCGGUGGACCUAGACCACCAGGCUUUCCUGGGCUCUACUGUGGCUGAGAUCGCGAAGGAGAAAGCGGCUAUUGCCAGGCCAGGUAAGCCGUUCGUGCUCGGUCCUCAGAAAUACCCCGAGGUACAGGACGUGGUGAAGGAGGUUGUUGCGACAGCCGGAGGUCAGCUAAUUCAUGCUUCGCCGGCCUCCUCGAGGACUUGGGAUAACGAGUUUGACGGUCCUGGCCCCGCCAUUAUAUCCCUCUCGCAGGAAACCUUUGCGGGGCCGUCUCCUACGCCCAUACAGAUGUCGCUACCUUGUUUCUCCGAGCCAUUGCGUGCUGUACUUCCUCUGCACGGCGAGCACCAAUUGUCGAAUCUUGGUGUAGCACUGAAUAUCAUCUCUGCUUUGAUCACCUGCCCGUGCGACGAGACAUCCGUUCGUCCUCUCCAGCUCAAGCAGAGACUGACGCCGUCCGCUAUAUCUCGUGGUGUCCGAUCCGUUUCCUGGCCUGGAAGACUCUCGUUCCACCGCGUCCGAGUACCGCUGACGGAAGACAACCGGUCUGCCAGGCCCUUGACCAUAUUAGCCGAUGGUGCACACAAUCCCGCUUCUUCUGCUACCUUAGCGGCGUAUGUAUCCUCACUGAUACCUGCGGCUCCUAGAACUAGACCGGCUGCGUCGGUGCGAGAAAUUUCUCUCACCUAUAUACUCGCUCUUUCCCACUCACCGCCGAAGACGCCUCUUCAAACCCUCGCUCCUUUGCUGCCGCCUACUGUACCCCAGCCUGAGGAUUCGCGGCCCGUGAAGCUUAAGGUGCAGAUUGCCGUCCUCCGGUUUUCUCCUCCCGAUGGCAUGCCGUGGAUCAACUCCGUCCCGCCCUCUGUCCUGCGAGAGACUGUUUCCACUCUGGUACCUGACGCGGAGGUGUGGUGUGCGCCUGAGGACGCUCAGGAUCCGACCCAGCUCCUCGCUGCUUUGCAGUGGGCUGCGAAGCAAACUGAGGAGGCCGAUGAAAGCCUGGUGGUGUUGGCUGGGAGCUUGUACCUUGUGGCCGACUUCUACAGGUUGAUCAGGGCGGGGAGACUUGGGGGUGCGACGAUUUAGAUCUCAGUUCUGGUAAGAGGUUACUCAAGGACCAGGCUACGGUGCUCUCAUCCAUCGAGGGCCAUUGCGUCAAUCCGCGAUCAUUUCAUGUAAAUUCCGUCUGCUCAACCAGAGUAAAGUGGCAUUUAUGUUGCUCAUGAUAUAUAACUAGAGUAGCGUGCCACAUGAUUCAACUAUUAUCGUAGCUCGUAUCUCUGGUAGGGAAUGCUGCUCGACGCUAGUAAAUUCAUUGUAGACAAUUUGUAGUGGA